AUGACCGACUUCUCUGAUUCUGGUUUCCCGUUGUACGAAAAACUUGUGAAUAAAAAGGGCAUUCAGAAGGCCGACGAUAAUGAUGCCGAUGUUCGUAUCGUUCUUUUGACCCAAUUCAAAGGCCAUGUGAAGAAAGAGCUGUUACACGUUCCGUCCAUUCCCAGUUAUUUUGAGAGUUUGUACUAUAUUCUGGACUAUUCGGCAUCAUCGAGCGUUAAACUGCUUAUUUUGACACAUUCGUCGUUGUGUUACCUUGUCAAGCGGGUGGCCAUGCAAUUACCAACCUAUUUCAAGGACUCAGAGGUAACUAAUGAACUAUUACUUCACCUUUUUUUCCUUCGAGGAGACAAUGAUGACUAUUUGCAGAAUAAAAACCUUUGGGCUAGCGCCUGCAGGGCACUGGAAGCUAUCUACCUUGUACAACCACUGCUUUUGCAGAAAUGUCUCCAAAGGUUACUAUAUGGCCUUGAAUCCAAGAGAAAGAUUUUGUUAGUAGUGGAUGAGUUUUUACAAAUUAAUAAGAGGAAUAAUGCAAGCACAGAUAACGAUAAUCUUAUGACAGAAUUGUUCAAUUCUAAGUUUCUUCAGGAAUUGUCGUCCACUGCAAAAAAUGAACAAAACAAUCAGUUGACCUUAGAUGUUCUGCGAAGAAACUUUAAUCAUGACGAUCAAUUAAAAAUUUUCUCGCAACAGAUCAAUGAAGAUAGUGGCUCUUUCAGCGUUCCUAUAUUUGAUAUCGACUACGAAUUGGGUCUUAUCGCCGAGGAAUACCGUAUUCACGAGAAUGGUUAUGUAAAGCCCGAGGAAGUUUAUCAUGGCCGCGGAUUCGCAUCCAUGGACGAUUUGUAUGCGCAUCUAGAGAAGUUGUUGAUACCGUUUCAGAGUCCAAAAGAAACCGAGAAAAAUUGGAAAGAAAGACAAUCAAAUUUGUUACAGUUACGAGAUAUGAUACAUGGCGACGAUUUUAUUGCAAAUAAUCAACUAUCAUUCCUCUCUGUUUGUAAAGAUUUACAGAUGAUCGAAUGCAUUGGUAAAGCGGUUUUGUCACUCAGAACAACGCUUUCCAUGACUGCAUGCCAAGUCAUCAAAGCUUUCUUGAUGAAAUUUCAGCAAACAUUAGACUUGGCAAUUUUAGAUCAGAUAUUUUCUGUCUUAAAAAGUUUACUACUAACUGCCAAAAAGAUCUCGUCAAAUACAGCUUUUAACUGUCUCAUCAUAAUGUUUAUCAAUAUUGGAUUCCAUAAUAAGCUCUUUCAAUAUUGUUUGAUGCUAGUUAAUGAAAAGUCUGUCACACCAAGAAACUGCUCGGCGAUUUUACUCAGGAUCAUAUUAAUCAAAUACACAGAUUCGAAAAAAUUAGAUCCCCUGACAGUUUAUAUUGAAGAGUGGCUAAAGAAAGGCAUCACGGAUGCACAAACAAGUGUAAGAGAAUCCAUGCGACUUACCUUCUGGUACUAUUAUAAAUGCUAUCCACUGAAUGCCAAGAAUUUUCUCAACACUCAACUCUCUUUACAAUUAAGAAAAGCCGUUGAAUUAUCGAUACCCCAUCACAUAAGAAUAAAUUACAAUCCAGUUCAUAUGGCUCCUUCAUCAUCUUCGUCAUCAGAGUCUUUGAAUAAGUCCAGUCAUCACUUCAAGAAAUUUCCAAGCUACGCAAAACCAACUCAAUCAUCCAAUGCUUUUCUGCAAAGAAUGGCAAACCAUAGAUCAGCAAGUGAAUAUUUGCCGAGUGAUGUGGAUCACAGCACUAAUGUUAGGAGAAAGAUAAGUGCACCUCCAUCGUCAUCUGGAAGGCGAACCAUCAAUGCAACCACUGAGAAACAAGCAAGCAAUGUUAGUAACGAUUUGGGGAACUCUAUUCAGAUUGAGCUCACCGAUGAUAUUUCAAAUUCUCACUCUAAUAGCCUAAUAACAAAAUAUCUUGGGAAAGAUCAGCAGGUCGACGAUUUCGAAUUAAUUUAUCGAGAUCUAAAUUCACACUCUCUGAUGACAAUAAAAGAUGGUCUCCAACUUUUGCAGAAGAAACUUCUGACAACAAAGUCAAGUGGCAAUGAUGAGGCGAUUGAUGUCAGUAAGAUUGUCCCCGCAUUGAAAACAAUAAUGGUCAAGGCCCCCUCGGAUCUCAAGCCUUUUUUAGCGAUUCCCUAUUUUUGCCGAUCAAUACCCGUCGAUUAUCUGCUAGAAAUUCAUGCGAUCAAUGGUGUCGACCUUAACGAUCAUAUUUUACAAAGCACAUCUGAAACUGUUUUCUUGGAGACUGUCACAGAUCUGAUAACAAGGCUCCGUUCUAACGCAUUUGAAAAUGAUGAUUACGAAGAUCUGCCCGAGUUGUCACUAUACUACAUGAAAUAUAGACAGUCCAUUUUCAAUUUCUGUUUUCGAGUUCUUUCGGUGGUACUGCAAAGAGCUGAGAAUUCAAUUCAACCGGAUACAGUUAUUCGUUGCGUCAUCUCCAUGACGGGAGUAUGGGGUCUUGAAUUUGAAGAAGAGCCUUAUUUUGAUGCUCUGGGUCAAUUACACUUUCAUAACGAGGACGCUUUCAAGGAAGCGCUUGGGAGCAUUGAAUCAGUUUCAACCAAGUUGAAAAUUUGCGAAGGAUUGACGGCUCGAAAUGGAGGAACGAUGUUCAACAGUGACGAGCUCAUUGGCAGAAGACAUAUUUCAUCCGGUGCUGCUCAUGGCAACGACCGAAAUGAAGAUGUCUAUAAUGAGGACAACGAUGCGGUCGAAGAUCGGAAAUUUUUAGAGAUGACAAUGGUCAACCCUUUCAAUCAGAACAGGAGUGCUAGCGGUGGCAGUGUUGUGCAUCACGAACCUAAUUCGGAGAUAGAGGAAAAGAAGGAGCAUUUCCAAGAGCCUAGAAUUUCAGAGAUGACGAAAGUCGUUAGUGUUUACGAACUACCUCAACAGCUCAGCGAACCUGAUCAAGAUGGAGACGUAAAGAUGGCUGAGCAACCCGACGUCAAUCUAAGCGAAAUUUUUGGAAAUUCAAUUGAUCAGGAGAACGGAAGGGUGAAAUUUUGCAGUGAACCGCCAAAACUGAUAAAUCCAAGUACUGGUUCAUCAUCCGCCGGUGCGUCCGCACUAAUAACAGACUCUCCUCGCAAUGAAAUCAACCUUAACAAAGAGGCAUCCAUAGAAAGAAACAAGUCACCCGUAACCCCACUGGCUGAACAUGAAGCUAAGAUAUUAAGUCAUGGAAUCAACAGCAUUGAUAUCAGUGUGAAAAGAAACAAAGAUCAACUUCUUCCUAGCGUUUCAUCUGAGAUUUUGAAUAACGCAAUACAUAAUGAUACCAGCAAUGAGGACCAUAUGAGCGAAUCAGAGUUUCUACAGCUGCUAUCGCCCGAAACUUUGACCUACUACGAAAUUUCACAGCUCUGGGAGAUGCAUGUGGCCGAAGAUGCUGGAGACCAUUUCAAAGAGAUGAUGAAAGCUAUAGGCAGAAUAAAGAAUCGUUCCUUCACAAUCAAACAUUUGAAUGAUCUGAUAGUUCCACUUCUGGCGGCUUCACACCAUAACGCUCUGCGAAAAUGGUUAGAGAAUGAGGAUGGUUAUGACGAACUACUAACCUUGAGUAAACUUCUGCUCAAUUCUGCAGAUGAGACCACUCUAAUACCAAUUAACAUGGCAUGCAAAUGUAUUGUUCUAACUGAAUGCCUAGUCCUGAUGAAUAGCCAAUUGUCCAAUGUUCCUUCACUCGCAUCUGCUGCUUUUCAUGAUAUUUGGGAUUUUGUUGUCGACAUGGUCGGCAAACUAUCUGAUUACUCGAAUGAACUAUAUGUUCUUUUACAAGAGUUGAGAGACUUAUUGAACGAAGCUCAAUUAUUCUCUUCCAAAGAUAUUACAAGCAUUGUGAGUCUCCUAGCGACACAAACCCAAGAAAACGGUACCAGAAUCAAAGAAACUUUUCUCAUAGAAACCCUUUCUCUUAUCAUAUCCAGAAAUGCUGAACACAUCAAAGAGCAUCAGUACUCAGAAAUUGUUCAGAUGAUGCAAUUUUUCUUCGAGAGUGACUUUAGCGAAUGGCGUUCCGCUAGUGCUGGAGUACUGGCGAAUGUUCUAAAACAAUUCAAAUCUACUUAUUCAUCGGACGACGCUAUACGGAGGCUUUUCGGGUUCCUGUCCCACCAGCAAUUCCAGCUGAUCACCCGUAUUGUUUCAAGUUCAAAUUGA